CUUGGGCUUCUCAUUGAUUCUCUGCUUUGUUGAGGGCUAUUAACCUCUAGCUCCGAUAUGAUUAUGUGCAAGUCAUAGACUCUCUCCCGCGCACCGAAAACUCCGAGACCGCGACCAUAAGUAAAUACUUACAUACCAAGGCAACAAGAUGGAGGGUGUUGGUUUUACGAUCCAUUACGAAAUGAUCUGGGACGUUUGGAGCCAGCUGGUGGGUGUGAUGCAGUCCCAACUUGGUUCCCACACCACUGCCUACAAUAUUCUCGCCUUCGUACCGGUGGUUUUUGUCUUCGAUGCUGUGCGCAACCAGCGCAAGACCGUUGCUGCGGUGGCCCAGAUGACCGCUGUGCAGCAGCGCAAUGACGUGGUCCAAGUGCAGAGACCCCGCACCCCUUCGAAGACCGUACCACGUCCCUCGGAGCAGCUGCUCGCGCCACCUCCUGCGGGGGGCAGUGCAGAUGGAAAUGCAGCUGCGGCCGGGAGGGAAAGCACAAGCAAGGCGCCGCCAAUACGGCGCGCCAGUACGGAAAGUUUGGUGGAUGAGGAUAAAAAGCUACUUGCGGAGGCGAGCACCCUGGACCAGCUGUGGUUUAUGCUGGGCGUUGGGAAUGUGGCCAUUACGGCGUACGUCCUAGGCUUGUCCCCGACCGUAUCCACGAAAAAAACCGUUUCACUGUGGUCUUGUGAUGCAGAUGACUCAGUGCGUGUCGUCGGUUCGGAAGCCAAACUUCUACAGAGGAGAUUUUCAUUUUGUUUAUCAUGUGCAAGCGGAAGCGAAGGAGAUGUUAGGUAUGCGGAUCUUCUCGGAAAGUCAUGAGCAACAUCAGCCACAAUGAAGCGGUGUUUUCGCGCGAAAAGCCUGGUAUUAUGCGUACUACACUCCCAAAGUGAUUUCCCUCACCUUUCUGCGCUGGAUAACAUUCGUGAAGAAGAAGCAGCACUACCUCCUCUACGACUUCUGCUACUGGGUGAACGCUCUCUGCCUCCUUUACUGCUGGGUGUACCCGCAUUCGCAACUCAUGUUCCGCGUGCUCUUCAUAAACGCGUGCGGACCGCUGGCCAUUGCGGUGCUAUCGCACUGCAAAAGAGCUACUUGGCACUUGCUAGUACAGCUAUUCAUUGUGCAUGAUUGAGAUUAUGCAUGAAGGACGAAAUUACGUUUUGCACAUCAUUUUGAAACACAAAGAUGAGUGAACAAGGCUAGCACAAGUAUGAGUAUCUUUCUUUUGUGGCAUAACCGCUUUGUUUCAACCACAGUUUGAUCUUCCACUCCUACGCACACAUGACCUCUGUGGUCAUACACGUGUCCCCUCUGGUGCUGGUCUACGGUUUGAGGUGGCACUCCGACGCGAGAUUCAACAUUUGCGAGGAUUUCCCCACCUGUGACGACGUUACGCAUGGCAUUACUUAGUAGUGUCGCAUAUCUCUAAAUCGCAUAGCACGGGUUUUGAAGUAAACCGAAAACAGAAAUUUUCCAAUAGAAGAUCUUUGCAGUUUCAAAUAUGCGAGAGAGUGGAUCAAUGAUGUUGAACAGGACGAGUUAGUAGUCUACUCGUGCAGGUUCAGCAGGAGUAGAGUCAAUUGUGUACUAUCUAUGAAUCAUGUGGAACAGGAGGAGGAGCCGCGCAACUCCUGACUCGCUUUUGUACUACGCGAAGAACGCUAGAGAGAAUGCGAAACUUUUGCGGAGGAUAUGCGUGUCCCACCUUCAGCUGAUCGACGAGGCCAUGCGGUAUGAACCAAUUUAGGUGCUGCGUAGUUCUACUUGCUUUUUCAAUUUACUGUUUUUCUGUACGUAGAAAACAAUAGCGACCUGCAGCCAAAGGAAUCUUAAAUCUGUUCUCACCCCUAGGUAUUUCUAUCUGCCCUGGAGUGGGCUGUACUUUUUGUGGAUUUUCGUCGCUUUAGGACGGUACUUGGAGGAGAAAAACUACCAAACGCUGUGGGAUCGCGUGCUGGGCACCGGGGCGGUGGGCAAGUUCCUGCGGCUCAUGCUGACGAAGCUGCCCAAGCUCUUCGUGCAGGGGAUCUACCUGGUGAUCCACUUGGGCUUUUGCGGGGUGGCCAUGGUGUUCGCCACCCUGAUGUUUCACCACCAGCUGGCGAAUUUUGUCUGGUUGGCCACCAUCUGUGGCGCCGUGGCCUACAACGGCUCCCAGUUCUACCUGCAGGCCCUGGAGCCGCUGUACGUAAAAGCCAUCCGGGAGCGCAACGAGGGCGGCACCAUCACCUCCAAGAACCUCAAACUGCUCCUGUCCGCGUCGAUGGGAUUGCAGACGGCAGUGGACCACGCGGACAUUCUGGAGCAGGAGAGGAAAAAAGAAAGCUGAUGCUCACGCACGCAGCACAGCGGAAAAGAAAUGUGUCUGCAGUUCAGUUGGAAAAAGAAACUUCUGGUGACACAUGCACAGGGUGA